UUUAUCUCCAAGAAAGGAUUUAAGAAUGUUCGUUAAAGGACAACUGAUUGUUCUUCUUCUUUUAAUAUUAAUUGUGAAUGUGGUAAGUUGGAUCAAAUCUCUUUAAACAUAGUUCAUCAAAUCUUUUUUUUGUAUUCUUGCUAUAAACUGCAUUUUCUGCCUACAACAACAAAAAGGGGCUCCUCUGUUGGCCGAAAGAAUUGAGAUGGACUUUUCCCACGAUCAACACUAAAUUGCCUCAGCAAAAGUAACUGCGAUGUUAUGACCCUUGAACUAUAAAAAUUCGUUUACACACCUAGAACUAUAGUUUUUAUUGUAAGCAUUUAGAUAAUUGUCAUGUGUUCUAAAGCGCAGCUUCAGACAGCUUACAUUUUAUUGGCCUUGUUAAUACAUUUAGCAAAAAUACCAAUAUACAUUUGAUUUCGGCAAACAAUGACCCAGUGCAGGUGCUACAGCCGAUCUAUUGAUUAUGGAAAUCAAAGUCUAGCAUAGAAAGAAUUGAUUUUUUAAACACCGAAAGUAUUUAAAACUGAAAGUAAAAUAACGUGUCUAGCAAGUGUAAUGAAAUUGAUUGAGUUAUAUGGCAUGUUUAGGACGUUGGAUCAAGCUUCAAAUAUUUACAGAUAAAGGGCAAAAGAAUUAGAAAAUUUUAGAGCAUGUAGGCUUACCAUUUUUGUGCAGAUAAGGAAUGUUCAAUAUAUGUAUACAAUCUAUUUUAACAACAGAUUCAUAGAAAAUCUGAAUCUGACUAGCAAAUGUUAUUAAUGUUAUUAAAUCUCAAUGUCAGAAAAUCUAGAAAGUUCCCGAAUAUGAUUAAAAACUAAACGCGACAAAAGAUAUCCAAAUUUUAUAAAAUCGCGCUGAGCAGAAUACUUUUUUUUAGACCUAAGACUAAAUGCGGUUAGCAAACCACUACAUUAGCUAAUUUUCCUACUUAGUUUAAAGCUCUAAUAUAACAUUAGGUAAGGGAAAGAGAUUAAUUUCUAAAUUUCGUCUACAGAAAAUAGUUUUUAUUUUCAAACAAAUGUUUUAACAAUUAUUUUAAGUGAGGUUUAAUUCUGUAACACAAAGCAAAUCGUAAUUCAGCUUUAAGAUUUUCAUCUUUAGGUGUCAAUUUUUUUUUUUGCUGUUGAUAUUCGUAACUGAAGAAAAUCCCAGAUUUUCAGCAUAUACGUUCAGCAUAUAAAAAAACACACUGUAGCAAUUUAGUAAAGUACUACAUUUUUAUUUGAAUACAGUUCUAAAUCAUUGGGAACAUCCAGCAAAUCAGAUUUAAAACAUUUUUAUAUGCAAGGCAAAAAAUAACUGAUUUUGAUGAGUCUUCCAUAUUGACAUGAUAAGGAUGCUUCAUUGGCUUUAAUUAUAUACUCAAAAUUUCAACAACAAAAAAUAAAUACCUUUUUUUGUGCUUGAGUUGUCUUUUGUUUUAAAGUACAGCUCAUCAUAAUUUUGUUUUUUCCAAAAAAACAUAAAAAUUGUAUAAAGUGCGUACAAUUAGUUUGUUCCACUUGAAAUUUCACAAGUCUAAAAGUUCAUUUGAUCCAACAAAUAGUGUUGGCCUGAUCAUAGAUAGGCUUUCCAUAGAUUUACUUUCUUCUUAAACCAUUCAUAUUAGUUGAGUGGCUACAUUGCGGACUUGAAAUUGGAGAGAUAAUCACAUGUCGAACAGCUAGACUUUAUCAGUUACACAAACUUCCGGCAUGGUCUACGAGUCCCAAGUACAGUGGUAAACCUGUUAACUUCAAUCCUCAUCCUUGACCGUGAUGUCAGUUUUCAGAUAAGAGUCCUGGAUACACAUAAGUUUUAAAUUUUCUUUAUCCUUUUUUUUUUUUUAAAGACCUCUUUAAGACGAAUCUGAGUCUUUCCUCGCCCUACCAUUUUGAUCAUGACAAAUGACUUCAAUGAUUCCACACAAAAAUCGAAUAGAGAAGGCCGAUGUCCAAACACACCGCUGCUUCUGCCGUUGUUGUGGGGAUAAUUUUCAACAUUAAACCCAGCUGUCAUCCUAUUUGUUGAAAAUACUAUGUUGCUAAUACACGUUGCUAAUCCACUUCACAAGGAAGAUAAUGUAACAAGUAACCAUCAAGGUUAGUUCAACGUUUAAUUUCAAGAAAACAACAUGGAGUUCUACCACCAUGGACAGAAGACAGGAACUGCAUAACAACGUGACGUUAACACACAAUACAAAAUGUGGUGUGCAAAACAAUGCGCAACAUUCAGUAUUUUGUCACUUUUCAACACUAUUAGUUAAUGCAAGAUAUGUGCAAGGAAAUCCAGUUAUAAUACAACUGUUUUACAUAACAAUCCAUCCAUCUGAUUUUCCACGAAACUUGUAUCUAUUCGCAAGAUAAACACUAACAGAUAUGUUUUUCAAUCGAUAAAAUAAAGAUUUUGAGGCCAAAUUAAAAAUCAGGUUAUUAAACUAAAUGGCAGUAUAAUCUACUAAAUCAGGGGUCUCCAACUUACGGCCAGCGGGCCACAUGCGACCCGCGAGGCCCUAUCAUGCAGCCCGCGGAGACCUUUUUGUCUACGGACAACAAUUACGAAAAUGUACGUGUAUCUUACCAAGAUAAGACGCCGCUUACGUGGACAUUAUGUUUUUACCGAAUUAAAAUAGAAGCGCGCAGUAGCAGUGCGUUAUGUUUUCUAACCGAUCAUUACUUUGCAAAACCUUAUUCGCUGUUUACUUUUUCUACUUCCGUUUACAUUCAAUGAAAGGAGAAUAUAUAACGUCAUAUAGUGGCGGAGCUUUGCCCGCCGUGUUGCAGACAUGGGUGAAAAAACAUUGUGACUCAAAAAAGGAAAAAAAGGUAACCUUGUUUCGCCAAUUUUAAUUGCAAUGGAUGAAUCGCUGAACAGCUGUUCCACGUCUCAACUGCUUGUGUUCGUUAGGGGUGUGUGGAUGAAGACAUGUGCAUAACACAAGAGCUGGAUUCCCAACAAGCAUGCACGGAACUGUUACCGGAGAGGAUAUAUUCAAUGAUUUGAAAAAAAAACAUUUGCUGAUUAUAAUUUCGACUGGACUAACCUCAGUUACCUGACUGUUGAUGGAGGAAAGAACAUGAUUGGCAUAAAGAAAGGCUUGGUGGGACAAAUGAAGCAGGUGUGUAAUGAGAAAAAAAAUCUGCAACAAAUGUUCCUGCACUGUAUUAUUCACCAGAAAGCUUUGUGUGAUACAUGUGUGGUCAUUAGCAGUGUACUGAAUCCUGUGGUAGCGAGGUUUAAUUUAAUAAGGUCACGGGCUCAACCAUAGACAGUUCAAAGACCUGUUGAAAGAUACAGACACAGAAUAGCAAAAUUUACCAUAUUACACAGCAAUAAGAUGGCCAAGUUGUGAAAAAGGUCUGAGCAAAGUAUUUAAGUUAAGAAAGGUAAUAGGUGACUUGGAAAUUAAAGGCAAGCAACAGGCAUUACUGUCCGAUGAAGAGUGGGUAUGGAAAAUGGCCUUUGCUGCAGACAUAGCGAGUCAUUUAAAUUUUCUUAACCUAAAACUACAAGGAGAAGAAAAUCGAGUUGCUGAUCUAAACACCCCCUAAAGGCCUUCAGAUCCAAAUUCAUCUUGUUUGGGUUUUUUUUAAAACAAGUACAGGCCAACACCUUGACGCACUUUCAGCAGUGGACGGUCUUCAUGGCUGAAGCAACAGCGGAGUUCCCCACGUCAUUUGCAUGUGAGAAUUGCGAAGACCCCCAGUUGCAGUUUCAGCAGCGCUUUUCUGACUUGGAUUUAAAGGCAGAAGAAUUGAGACUUUUUCAACACCAAUUUGAAGCAAAUGUGGCCAGUCACCAAGAUGAAAUGCACUUUAGGGACAAGUUCAAAGAACGACCGGUGGGUUUUUAACAAUUUUCGCCCAUGGAAGACUUUCCUAAUUUCAAAACGUUUGCAUCAAGGUGUCUUUCAAUCUUUAGAACAACAUACCUGUGUGAAAAAACAUUUUCAAGAACGAAAUACGUGGAGAACAAUUUGAGAACAAAUUUGUCCGAUGAUAAUCUCAGGUUCUUGUUAUUAGGGACAUCAAAUCUAAAUCCAGAAAUGUCUGCUAAUCACUGCUAUUUUGGCAUACUGGAAACAAUGUCACCAUUCCAACUGAUACAGGUGUACAUGUGUCGUAGAUCAAUGUGUUAUUAAAUAAUAAAUGAAUUAAAUAAUAUUACAUUCAUAAUUAAAAACAAUAUCCAUGAUUUGAUUCUUUAAUUUGGACCUCGAGUGUGUAGUCGGUCCCCGAACUGCUGUUUGAUAGUUAAUGCGGCCCUCGAGCUGAAAAGUUUGGAGACCCCUGUGCUAUAUAAAUGAGUCAAAUUUAAAUCUAAGGUGUGUAUAUGUUCUAAGAGCUAAUGUUGUGUCUUUCGAAUUUCCAAAAAGUCACACAUAAUCUUCAUGAAAGUUAAUUGAGGUCAAGGAAACUUCAUUAGAAAUAGAAACAAAAAUGAAGAACCAAUUAAUAAUAAAAUAUGGACGUGUGCAGCUGAUUACAUAUGCUUCUCUGUAGUCUGUAUGCAGGGCGAAGAUAAUCAAACAAACCAGCUUUCUUUAUUGUUAUUAAAUAAUUUAUCACCCUUUAGAUUAAUUUACACUUACUCUCCAGAUCGAUGAAAAUGUUUUCCCUUAUGUCCUUUCAAAAGGUAAGCUUUGCAUGUCUACAACGCCGUCGUCGAACUGUCGGUUCAAUCUGUUGUACAGGUUAGACCUAUUUAUUCAUUUAUAAAUAUUCCAUGUAACAAACGGUUAUUGCAUGUGUUGUGAAUGAUGUCACGUUCUAAUUUUAAAUAUUAAAACUGAAUUCAACGUGUUUAGUAUAUUCCUAGGUAUAGUUACCAAAUAAAAGUAAUGAUCUUUCUAUGAGCAGUAGCUUCUAUAGACCUGUAGUUAAGAUCAGAAUGUAUCAAGUGUCUCAAAUCAUAAUCGACUUAAUUAAAAACAAAUUAGUUAUCCACAUGAUCUCUUCUUUAAUGUUUUGUACAGUGACAAUUAAAGAAACUUCAUUCACGUUAACAAAACAAAAACAAUAACUGAAUGUUGUGUUUGCUUUAUAAAUUAUGUUACGAAAUCAUUUUUUUUUCUCCAAAUCUAGCCCUCGUUGUAUCUCUCAAUAACAAAUUUUAAAAUGUCACUAAAUAAGAAAAAAUAUUAUUGAAACAAAGUGGCUAUUUGGACCCGGUUCCGAGAAGUUAGAGGUUUGGAUUAAAAUUUAAAAUAUAUAUAUAUUAUUGUUCGGGGCCCGGGUCCUAAUAACGGCGAUGCGCUUACGGUUCAAUUUUGACUCAAUGCUAUUCUUAUGUCAUUUGUGGCUGUUUAUUUUAGUUAAAAUUAAUAAUUAAGUUUAAAAAUAUAUAGUCCAUUCAUUUAUAUUUCAAUUCAUAACAAAUUUGUCUUUCAAACAUUGCAAUAAUUGUUAAAAUAUUUUUAAUAAACCCAAACUUUCAUCGCUUGGACCCAUUCCGAAUAGCCGCUGCCUUAUUUAAACGUGAUUUAUUUUAUAUGAUUAAAAGGGUAUUAUUUUUAUGACAGAAAUUGUGUCUUAUGGAGACAGUUGUUCUACGUGCAGUAUAUGUAAAAAUACACUUGAGUGUAUUGAGGGAUAUUGUAAAUGCCCUUCUACUACACAGGUGUAUUGGUCUGGAGAUUGCGUUACAGGUAAUUUUUGACGAACUUAAUAAACUUAUCGUUGUAACUCUGUAUGCAAUUUUGACAGUCUGUUCGUGAAUGCAUAUAUUGUCGUUGUGUUUAUGUCUGUAGGCAUGUAUGUUGGCAUGUCUGUAGGCAUGUAUGUUGGCAUGUCUGUUGGCAUUUAUGUUGGCAUGUCUGUUGGCAUUUAUGUUGGCAUGUCUGUUGGCAUUUAUGUUGGCAUGUCUGUUGGCAUUUAUGUUGGCAUGUCUGUUGGCAUUUAUGUUGGCAUGUCUGUUGGCAUUUAUGUUGGCAUGUCUGUUGGCAUUUAUGUUGGCAUGUCUGUUGGCAUUUAUGUUGGCAUGUCUGUUGGCAUUUAUGUUGGCAUGUCUGUUGGCAUCUAUGUUGGCAUGUCUAUAGGCAUUUAUGUUGGCAUGUCUGUUGGCAUUUAUGUUGGCAUGUCUAAAGGCAUGUAUGUUGGCAUGUCUGUAGGCAUGUAUGUUGGCAUGUCUGUAGGCAUGUAUGUUGGCAAUUAUGUUGGCAUGUCUGUAGGCAUGUAUGUUGGCAUUAAUGUUGGCAUGUCUGUAGGCAUGUAUUUUGGCAUUUAUGUUGGCAUGUCUGUAGGCAUGUAUGUUGGCAUGUCUGUUGUCAUGUCUGUUGGCAUUUAUGUUGGCAUGUCUGUAGGCAUGUAUGUUGGCAUCUAUGUUGGCAUGUCUGUAAGCAUGUAUGUUGGCAUGUCUGUAGGCAUUUAUGUUGGCAUGUCUGUUGGCAUUUAUGUUGGCAUGUCUGUAGGCAUGUAUGUUGGAAUUUAUGUUGGCAUGUUAGUUGGCAUUUAUGUUGGUAUGUCUGUAGGCAUUAUGUUGGCAUGUCUGUUGGCAUUUAUGUUGGCAUGUCUGUUGGCAUUUAUGUUGGCAUGUCUGUAGGCAUGUAUGUUGGCAUUUAUGUUGGCAUGUCUGUUGACAUUUAUGUUGGCAUGUCUAAAGGCAUGUAUGUUGCCAUGUCUGUAGGCAUGUAUGUUGGCAUGUCUGUCGGCAUGUAUGUUGGCAAUUAUGUUGGCAUGUAUGUAGGCAUGUAUGUAGGAAUGUAUGUUGGCAUUUAUAUUGGCAUGUCUGUAGUCAUGUAUGUUGGCAUUUAUUUUGGCAUGUCUGUAGGCAUGUAUGUUGGCAUGUCUGUUGGCAUUUAUGUUGGCAUUUAUGUUGGCAUGUCUGUAGGCAUGUAUGUUGGCAUUUAUGUUGACAUGUCUUUAGCCAUGUAUGUUGGCAUGUCUGUAGGCAUUUAUGUUGGCAUGUCUGUUGGAAUUUAUGUUGGCAUGUCUGUAGGCAUGUAUGUUGGCAUUUAUGUUGGCAUGUCUGUUGGCAUUUAUGUUGGCAUGUCGGUUGGCAUGUAUGUUGGCAUGUCUGUUGGCAUGUAUGUUGGCAUGUAUGUUGGCAUUUAUGUUGGCAUGUCUGUAGGCAUGUAUGUUGGCAUGUCUGUUUGCAUUUAUGUUGGCAUUUAUGUUGGCAUGUCUGUAGGCAUGUAUGUUGGCAUGUAUGUUGGCAUUUAUGUUUGCAUGUCUUUUGACAUUUAUGUUGGCAUGUCUGUAGGCAUGUAUGUUGGCAUGUAUGUUGGCAUGUAUGUUGGCAUGUCUGUUGGCAUUUAUGUAAGCAUGUAAGUUGGCAUUUAUGUUGGCAUGUCUGUUGGCAUUUAUGUUUGCAUGUCGGUAGGCAUAUCUGUUUGCAUGUCUGGUGGCAUGUAUGUUGGCAUUUAUGUUGGCAUGUCUGUAGGCAUGUAUGUUGGCAUGUCUGUAGGCAUGUAUGUUGGCAAUUAUGUUGGCAUGUCUGUAGGCAUGUAUGUUGGCAUUUAUGUUGGCAUGUCUGUAGGCAUGUAUGUUGGCAUUUAUGUUGGCAUGUCUGUAGGCAUGUAUGUUGGCAUGUCUGUUGGCAUUUAUGUUGGCAUUUAUGUUGGCAUGUCUGUAGGCAUGUAUGUUGGCAUUUAUGUUGACAUGUCUUUAGCCAUGUAUGUUGGCAUGUCUGUAGGCAUUUAUGUUGGCAUGUCUGUAGGCAUUUAUGUUGGCAUUUAUGUUGGCAUGUCUGUUGCCAUUUAUGUUGGCAUGUCUGUAGGCAUGUAUGUUGGAAUGUCUGUUGGCAUUUAUGUUGGCAUGUCUGUUGGCAUUUAUGUUGGCAUGUCUGUAGGCAUGUAUGUUGGCAUGUCUGUUUGCAUGUAUGUUGGCAUUUCUGUAGGCCUGUCUGUUGGCAUUUAUGUUGGCAUGUCUGUUGGCAUUUAUGUUGGCAUGUCUGUAGGCAUUUAUGUUGGCAUUUAUGUUGGCAUGUCUGUUGGCAUUUAUGUUGGCAUGUCUGUAGGCAUGUAUGUUGGAAUGUCUGUUGGCAUUUAUGUUGGCAUGUCUGUUGGAAUUUAUGUUGGCAUGUCUGUAGGCAUGUAUGUUGGCAUGUCUGUUUGCAUUUAUGUUGGCAUUUCUGUAGGCCUGUAUGUUGGCAUUUAUGUUGGCAUAUCUGUUGGCAUUUAUGUUGGCAUGUCUGUAGGCAUGUAUGUUGCCAUGUCUGUUUGCAUGUCUGUUGGCAUGUCUGUAGGCAUGUAUGUUGACAUGUCUGUUGGCAUGUCUGUUGGCAUUUAUGUUUGCAUGUCUCUUGACAAGUAUGUUAACACGUCUGUCGGCAUGUAUGAAGACAUGUAUGUUGGCACGUCUUUUGGCAUGUUGUUGACAUGUAUGUUUGCACGUCUGUUGGCAUGUAUGUUGGCAUGUCUGAUGGCAUGUCUGUUGGCAUGUCUGUCGGCAUAUCUGUUUGCAUGUAUGAAGACAUGUAUGAUGACAGGUCUCUUGGCAUGUCUGUUGGCAUGUUUGUUGUCAUGUCUGUUGGCAUGUAUGUUGGUAUGUCUUUUGGCAUGUCUGUUGGCAUGUAUGUUGGCAUGUCUAUUGGCAUGUAUUUUGGCAUUUAUGUUGGCACGUAUGUUGGCAUGUAUGUUGGCACGUCUGUUGGCAUGUUUGUUGACAUGUCUAUUGGCAUGUCUGUUGGCAUGUUUGUUGUCAUGUUUGUUGGCAUGUAUGUUGGCAUAUAUGUUGGCAUGUAUGUUUGUAUUUAUGUUUGCAUGUCUUUUGACUUGCCUGUUGGCAUUUAUGUUGACAUGUAUGUUGGCAUGUGUGUCGACAUGUAUGUUUGCACGACUGUUGUCAUGUAUGUUGCCAUGUAUAUUGACAUGUAGCUUGGCACGUCUGUUGGCAUGUCUGUUGGUAUGAUCUGUUGGCAUGUCUGUUGGUAUGAUCUGUUGGCAUGUCUGUUUGUAUGAUCUGUUGGCAUGUCUGUUGGUAUGAUCUGUUGGCAUGUCUGUUUGCAUGUCUGUUGGCAUGUAUGUUGGCAUGUAUUUUGGCAUGUAUGUUGACUUGUAUGUUGGCACGUCUGUUGGCAUGUAUGUUGACAUGUCAGUUGGCAUGUCUGUGGGCAUUUCUGUUGGCAAGUCUGUUGACAAGUAUUUUGGCAUGUCUGUUGUAAUGUCUGUUGACAUGCAUGUUGAAACGUCUCAUGGAAUGUAUGUUGGCAUGUAUGUUUGUAUUUCUGUUUGCAUGUCUGUUAAUAUGUCUGUUGGCAUGUCUGUUGGCAUGUAUGUUGAAAUCUGUUGGCAUGUUUGUUGACAUUUAUGUUGGCACGUCUGUUGGCAUGUAUGUUGAAUUGUCUGUUGGCAUGUCUGUUGGCAUGUAUGUUGAAUUGUCUGUUGGCAUGUCUUUUGGCAUUUCUGUAGGCAUUUCUGUUGACAAGUAUUUUGACAUGUCUGUUGUAAUGUCUGUUGGCAUGUAUAUUUUUAUUUCUAUUUGCAUAUCUGUUUGCAUGUUUGUUGACAUGUAAGUUGCCAUGUCUGUUGACAUGCAUGUUGGCAUUUAUGUUGACAUGUAUGUUGGCACGUCUGUUGCCAUGUAUGUCGACAUGUAUGUUUGCACGUCUGUUGGCAUUUAUGUUGACAUGUAUGUUGCCAUGUAUGUUAGCAUGUAUGUUUGUAGGUCUGUUGGCAUGUAUGUUGGCAUUUAUGUCGACAUGUAUAAUUUCAUGUCUGUUGGCAUGUAUGUUGACAUGUAUAUUGGCACGUCAUUUAGUAUGUCUGAUGGCAUGUCUGUUCUCAUGAAUGUUUGCAUGUGUGUUGGCAAGUAUGUUGGUGUGUCUGUUGGCAUGUAUGUUGGACUGUAUGUUGACAUGUAUGUUUGCAUGUCUGUUGGCAUGUCUGUUGGCAUGUCUGUUGGCAUUUAUGUUGACAUGUAUGUUGGCAUGUGUGUCGACAGGUAUGUUUGCAUGUCUGUUGUCAUGUAUGUUGCCAUGUAAUUUGACAUGUAGCUAGGCAUGUCUGUUGGCAUGUCUGUUGGUAUGAUCUGUUGGCAUGUCUGUUGGUAUGAUCUUUUGGCAUGUCUGUUGGUAUGAUCUGUUGGCAUGUCUGUUGGUAUGAUCUGUUGGCAUGUCUGUUUGUAUGAUCUGUUGGCAUGUCUGUUUGCAUGUCUGUUGGCAUGUAUGUUGGCAUGUAUUUUGACAUGUAGCUAGGCAUGUCUGUUGGCGUGUCUGUUGGCAUGUAUGUUGCCAUGUAUUUUGGCAUGUAUGUUGGCACGUAUGUUGGCACGUAUGUUGGCAUGUAUGUUGGCACGUCUGUUGGCAUGUAUGUUGACAUGUCUAUUGGCAUGUCUGUUGGCAUGUUUGUUGUUAUGUUUGUUGGCAUGUAUGUUGGCAUGUCUUUGGGCAUGUUUGUUGGCAUGUAUGUUGGCAUGUAUGUCGGCAUGUAUGUUGACAUUUAUGUUAGCAUGUCUGUUGGCAUGUAUAUAGAGGUCACCACUUUUUGUGAAUGUCCUAAUUUUAUACAAGUGUGGCUGUGUUUGAAGGUGUAAAAAAUUUUUUUUGUGUAGAUUUUGAUAGUAGUAUAUAAAUUUGUAGUUAUAUUUUUAAUUGAAACCUUUAGAUAAUUUUGCAAUGACUUUUUAAUUUUAAAAAAAUUAAUUAGACUCAAUUUAUUUAAUAUUUUAAAGGAAAUGUUGAUAUUUCAUACCUGAUAUUUGUAAAUAAGCUCUACAACUUAUAAUUUUUUUUUAACUACAAUGACGCACUUUCUGCACAGUACCUUCUUACGGUGACCCUUGUUCGGCUUAUCCCUGUCCUAAUAAUUUAAUCUGCUUGAAUGGUCGAUGUGAUUGCACGGCAAGUCAGUUCUUUGAUGAUGAUCUUUCUUGCAAAACAAGUAAGUGAGAUGGAAAUAUGGCAGAUUACUUAUAGGUGCCUUUUAAUUUUUUUUUUAAACCAUCAAAUAUGGUCAUAAUGUGAACAAUAAAUAUAUGUAAAAGCAAUAGUGUUUUCAAUUAAUAUUUACAGGUAGCCCAACACUGACAUUUUUAUGACGUGUCAGUCCAAGAAGUGUAUCAUUCGACGAAGUGACGUCGAUGAAACUUAUUUCGAUGAACUUACUUGCUAACUGUGUGUAAAUGUAUAAUUAUAUUAAACUUUAUCCUAUCCAAUUUAUGGACAGGAAACAAUGUUAUCACUCAUUUUGGCCAUACUGAGCAACUUUCAGCCAGUAGCUAUAUUCGCAGUCAUGGGCUGUCUGCUGGAAUAUUUUAUUUGCGCUACAGAAAAAUCAUGUAAUCGUGAUGUACAAAUGUAGACUUUAGGUAACUUGUGGUUAACUUUAGAGGGGUCGAGUUAGGUCAAUGUCUCUCGGUCAAAACAGCUCGAUAAUGUUGAUAUUUCUAGUGUGUGUUCUAGGACAGGAAUUUUCAAAAUUUGUAGCGAUUUGAAUUCGAUAUUGAGACUAAGUAUUUCUAGUUCAUCUCUCUUUUAUAUCUACAACUUCGCUUACAUUCUGGGGCAAUGUAAUGUACCACUAGAAAUAUAUAUUAAAAAGUUACAUUUUCGUUUUUCUUGCGGAUGUUUUGCUGGAAUUAAAAAAUGUUAAUACUAUUCACACAUUUGAUAGCAUCAUUAAUUUUAACGUUCGCCGAUAACGUAAACAUUUUAAUGGGUUGAUUUUUAAUAUCCUUAAUGUUUCCACCUUCCAGGGAUAGACUAUAACACUGGCGGAUGUGCAUCUAGUUCUCAAUGUAAACAGAGCCUGACCUGCAUCAGUCACGCUUGUGUGUGUAAUUCUACACAGUACUACGAUACCAAUGAGCUCAUAUGUAAAACAAGUACGUAUAUAAUAAUUCAAACAAAAGCGUAUGGGCAAAAAUAACAUCAAAGUAAUAUUAGCUUACUAAUCACGCUGUAGAAGGACAUUAUUAAUAUUAUAUUUGUAUGAGCAAUUUAAAGGAACAAAACAGCUUUUGAACAAUACUUGUUUAAUUGUGUAAAAGAUUCUUAAAGUGUUUGUAGUUAAGAAUUACCAUGUAGUGAAAGAAAUAUAUUUUUAUUUAAAAACAUUUUUUGUUCUUUUUAAAUUAUGAGUUUCAUGUGUUGAUUUCACAAGUACGUCAAUCGGGAAAAUGUACAUAAAUUAUCUGCUUAAUUGGCCAUUUUCAACAGGAAAAUCUUUCGGAAUUGCUUGCACGACAACUGGAGAAUGUCAGAGUAGCUUGACAUGUGAUAUAAACUGCAAGUGUUUGUACGCUGAGUAUUUUGACGGCACAUGUAAGACCAGUAAGUUCCCAAUGAACUUGAAAGAUACAUACGUCGAUUCUUACGUCCAAUAUGAAAACAAGAAAAUGAUAUUAGGAAAUUGUAAACAUUCAUGAAUUAAAUAACACAAAGCCCAAUAUAUACCUGCAUUUCUCAGAAGUCAGCUAUGUACAUUUUAGAGUAAAGAAAAUAGUUAGGUUUACAAUGCUUUUUUGACAAGCAAUUAUCACUCUUUAUUUAAUAGAUGUUUUCAGGGGGAUAACAAUGCGCCGAACAUCAAGCUUUAAAGCUUAAAAGAAUUGAUCCUCAAUGUUAAUGGUUACAUUUUAAAAACAAGAAGAAGAAAGGGGGGGGGGACUUUUUUAAAGAGGAAGAGGCAUGAAAUAAUGACACUGAUUUCAAAAAAUACAAUUGCCGAUAUUUUCACUAAAUGAGAUAUUUUUAGAAAAAUAUCAAAAGCGAAUUUGUGGUAUUGUAUGUGUUUGUUUUUCUUAAAUGGGUGGUCAAACUAAAUAUUCGGUGUAAAAGCGGGAGUGUCAUUAGAAUAUUAAUAUAGUUUAUUCCUGUGUGUGAUUAUUUUUUUUAUUUUUUUGGGGGGGCGGGGGGGGGGGGGAUUUCUGCCCAUCCCAUUUGCUGGAUAUUACAUUUUAUGAAAGAUUUUUUUUUUAACUUUCUUUUUAGGGUCAUCUAAUUAUUGUUUAGUAAAAGUUUUUUAAACACAUUUUAGUUUUGUAAUAGACCAUACAAUAGCCUUUUCAGUGUGACAACAAUAUUUAUUUCACUGUUUUUUUUUCUUUAUCCUACUUCUCCGAGUAAGACAUGGUUGCAUCUUAACAUGCUAACAGAUGCUAUGUACCUUUAAGAAUAAAUGUUCUAGCUAAAACUAAGGGAUUGAAAAGCAUGUAUCAUAGACACUGCCACAAAGUAACAGUACAUUGUUGAAUAUGUCUCUAAUUUUUUAUGAUUGAAACCUUUUUUUUUUUUAUUUUUGAAUUUUUAAUACAUUUUCCUAACCAUCCAGGGAUAGACUAUAACAGUGGUUCAUGUGCAUCUAAUACUCAAUGUAAACCGAGCCUGACCUGUAUCAAUCUCUUAUGUGUGUGUAAUUCUACACAAUAUUAUGAUACUAAUGAACGUAUCUGUAAAACAAGUAAGUAGAUAAUAAUUCAAACAUAAGCGUAUGCUACAUACAUUUUCUACAUUUAAAUUACAUCAAACUAAAAAGAGUUUACUACUCACAUUGAAUCGAGGUGUUAUGUAGAUGACGUGUUAACGUCAUCUUCCUCAGUGAAUAAACUCCAGCUGGCACCAAGCUCGGAACCGCACUUAUGGUGUGGGUAGCUAAAAAAAAGCCUCUCUUGACCUUGUUUACAACUAAGAAAAAAAAUAGUCUGUAUCAUUAGAAUUCUGUAAAAAAAUCUGGAGACAACUGGACAAGAAAACAGUGUGCAUGGCCGUUGUAGAAAGAUAAAUAAGACAGACCAGAAAAAGAGACAAACUGGAUAUUUUUAAGCUAUCAUUUAUCACGAGAGCUAAUGUGAGCGUGCGAUAUCUUUGCUUCGAGACGAGAGAUUUAUUUACUGUGAGUGUGUAGAUUCCUUUCCAUCAUUGCACGAUUUUUGGCACAUUGUGUUUUCUUCGACAUUGUACCGGUACAAGCCAAUCAUUGUUCUGUAUGUCCAUAGCUUUAAUUUUAUUUCUAUUUUGAUUUAAAAGCCAUUGUAAUAAACCUAAAUUUGUUCAUUAACUUUAAUUAACCCUGGAUUGAGUUCCGUACUCUUUGUUAUUGUAUUUAUCAUUUAGUAUCGUCAUUUGUUGUGUACUCUUUUAGAUCGAGCCAUACACUUAAAUAAGAGAUUAAUUUCCCCACAGUGAAAACAGUAUGCAACAGAGGUGUGAGCAAAAAUAUGGUAUAGUGUAUGUGCAUGUGCAAUUUAAAGGGGAAAAAUAGUUUUAAACACUUAUUAUUAAGGAUAUCUUCUUCUUUCAUUAUGCCUUUUUACCCCAUCUAGGACAUAGCCCGUCCACAAGAAUUAUCCGCUCAUCGCGGCCCCGUGCUUUCCUUCCCAGUUGCUUCCAGCUGUAUCCCAUAUUUUGCCAGUCUGCACCUAGCUCGCGUCUCCAUGUGUUCUUUGGCCUUAUUAUUUUUCUUUUUGCUUGUGGAUUCCAUAUUAGAGUUUGUCUAGUGAUGCUAUCUGGGGGUUUUCGGAGAGCAUGCCCUAUCUACCUCCAUCUUUUCUUACAAUGUCUUCCUCAAUGGGCACCUGGUAAGUUAAUUCGAAUGAAUCUUUAUUAGUGAUGAUGUUUGGCCAUUUGAUGUUCAGGAUCUUUCUAAGGCAUGUGUUUAUGAAAGUAUAUAACUUCUGAGUUAGUCAUAUUGUUGCUUUCUGCUCCUAAAUAGUAGAAUGUUUUGACAUUUAUAUUAGAUAUUCUGACUUUAAUUUGCAUAUUUAUCUCUAUCGACUCCCAUACUUUAUAUAUAGCUUAAAUGCUGAUCUAGCGUUUCCAAUUCUAGCCCUUACAUUCACAUUGGGUUCGCAAUUUAUAUGGAUAGUGCUGCCUAAUUAUUAGAGGGACUACACUUUUUCCAGUGCCUUUUCUAUAAGAGAGAUUUACUCUUGGUUUGCUUGAGUCCUCCUUUUAUUAAUAUUGAGUUCGAACUGUGCUGAAAAAGGCGUCUUUUGUUGCUGGUUGUGGGAUAUACGUGUGAUGUCGUCUGCAAAGUCUAGGUCAUUCAGUUUUUGCAGUGUUCACUGUAUCCUGUUCGUGCUUUUGUGUGUGGAUUUUUCAUUCUCAAAUCAAUGUCGAGUAUGAAUAGAAAAGGGAACAAGAAACAUCUUUGUGUGGCUCAUAUUUCCAAUUUAAAAGUCAUCUGUGAGUCUACCAUCGUGGAACACCCUGCUUGUCAUCUUUCACAAGAGCUCUAAAUGAUCCUGACUAGUUUUCCUGAUACUCCAUUAGUGCCUAAGAAGUUUCAACACGAUUUGUGGUUUCCAGGCUAUCAAAGGCCUUUUUGUAGUCUAUAAAAUGUAUAUAUCGUUGGCAGUUCCAUUCGAAUUAUUGUUCUACAUUAGUUCUUAGUGUUGCAAUUUGAUCUGCGCAUGAUCUGUUUUGGCAGGAGCCAGACCUGGUCUUUAAUUCUAUUCAAAACUUUGUCCUUGCACAGACAGCAGUGUAAUUCCUCUAUGAUUUGCACACAUGCUAAGAUCCCCUUUCUUUGCUAUCUUUAAGGGGAUAAUAAGGGUAGAGACUGCAAUCAGGUUAGCACAAUAUAAAAUGAGUAAAACAAAGUUGGGUUAAACCUGAAAAAAGAAAUGCAACAAAACAACGAACGUGUCGGCAGAAAGCCUUCUUCAGCGAACAAAACAACAGAAAAAAUGGUGCUAGCCACGAUUGCAUUUAUUGAAAAGUCCGUCUUGCCCUGGUGGUCGCAACUAUUUAAGUGUUUGGAAACGGGAUACUGUUUAUCUUGUGUAAUUUUUCGGAGGUGUUCGAUAAACCUGUCAGAAAGGUGUCGUCCAGUCUCCCCUAGGUACGUCUUCUGGCAGCGGGUAUUUUGAUGAGGUAUCCUUCUUUCCAAUCUUUUGGAACUCGCUCUUCUUCCUAUGUCUUUUUUUAACAGAGGGUGCAGCUCUAUUGCAUAUAUAUCAGCACUCAUCAUUUCUGCUGUGAUGUUAUUCGGUCUCGAGGAUUUCCUUAAUUUGAGCUGCUUGAUGGCCAGAUCUAUUUCUUCCUUAUUUGGUGCGCUAUCUUCUAUUGGCAAGUCUUCAUUCGCUGGCUUUAUGCCUGCUGUGUCUGUGGAUGGGGGUCUGCUUAAUAGCGCAUUAAAAUAGUUCAACCAUUUAGAUUGUUGUUUUUACAUUCAGUUGUUGAUCUUUUUUCUAUAUCCUUAACAGGGCUCUCUGGCCUUUUGUAUCUUUCUUACAGCUUUCUUGUUACAGCGUAGAGAUAUUCCAAGUUUCCCUUCCAGGGUACUUCUUCUGCUGUUGUUGCUAGACCAUCGAUGUAGGCAUUUUUAUCGUUUUUAAUUAUGUUUUUACCCUUUUAUUUGCUUCUUUAAAUUUCUCUUGCCCUUUUGUUUUCUCCGCCUUGGUGCGUCUGCUUUUAACUACAUGUUACUUUUCUUUUCUCUCUAUUAAUUUUUGCAGUGUGUUAACUGAGAGCCAGUGUUUGUGUUUCUGCUUCACUAAUCAUAAAACUUCUUGGCAAUUGGAUGUUAAGCCCAUCUUUAUAUUUUGCUGUUUGUGUUCAAAAAGGCAUCUUUUGUUUGGUGUUAUAACUUAUUCCUUAUGAUGGCACAAAAUUCUUCUUGUUUCUCUUCAUUUGCCAAUAGAGCGACGCUAAAUUAUUUCGUUUAAUAAUUGGAUUUUCCCAGUUUUUCUUCAGUUUUAACUUAAGUUUUGCCCAAACAAAAUGAUGAUCUGAUCAAACAUCGGCUCCUCUUUUUGCUCCAUCAUCUUGUAGAGAUCUACUAAAUGUUUUGCUAAUACAUAUAUCAUCUAUUUGGUAUUGUGUUUUGUUGUCCGGGGUAUCCAUGUUUUAUUUUGGAUGUUUUUAUGUUGGAAUUCAUUCCCUCAAGUGACAAACACAUUUGUUGCCCAGAAGUCUGCUAGUCUUUCACUGCUCCAUUCCUCCCUCGUACACCAUGGCAUCACAUAAUUUCCUCAUACCCACUGUUUUCCGUUCUCAGCGUUUAGGUCUCCCAUUAAAAUAUUUAGGUGUCUACUUGGGAAGAUUUCAAAUAUUGCUUGUAGUUUAUUAUAAAAUGUUUCUUUCUCGUCUUCCUUGAUAUUGUUUGUGGGUGCGUAGCACUGUGUUAUGUACAUCUUUAUUGUCAUUUUCUUUGUUCGGUAGGUAGCUGUUUUUAUUCUUGGUCCAAGGGCUUCCUAUUCAAUCAAUGACAGAUGUGCUAUCCGUGAUAACAUGAAAGCGACUCCUUGAGUGGGCGGAGUAUUUUCCUUCUCAUGCCCUGAGAACAUUAGCAUUGUUAUAGAGGCCAAAGUUAUCUGUCCAGCUUGCUUUCAUCGUGUUUUACAGAUGCCAAGCAGUGGUGUAAGUUUGUAAGUUCUCAUUUCUUCCGCCCCGUUCGCCACUUUCUCUGUUUCAUACAUGUUUCUGACGUUCCACUUGGCUAUGUUUGGGAGAUGAGCUGCGAAUGGAAUUUUUUUUUUAAAUAUUUGUAAUAAGAUGCAAAAUUUAUGAAAGAAAGUUUGUUUUUAUUUUUUAAACAAGCGUUGUUUGAUUAAUUUUUAUAUAUUUUAUGAGUUAAAUUCUUUGAUUUCAUCAAUUAAAAAAAUUAGAGAAAAAAUUUUUAUGAAGUAUUUUCUUAAUUUUCAUUUUUCAAAGGAAAAUCGCACGGAAAUGCAUGCACAAAAACUAAUGAAUGUCAGAGUAGUUUGACAUGUGAUGUAAAUUGCAAGUGUUUGAACUCAGAGUAUUUUGACGGCACAUGUAAAACUAGUAAGUACCAAAUGACAUUGUUGGACAUAUACGUCACUUCCUACGUGCAAUAUUAAAACAAGAAAAUGAUAUUAGCAAAGUAUAUUAAAGCAUUGAGUAUUUAAAAUAAACUGCAAGUAUACGUAUAUUUUUUAAUAAGUAAGUUAUGUAAUUUUUAGAGUAAAGAAAAUAUUUGAGUAUAAAUUCUUUAUUUGAAAAGGAACUAUCAGUGUAUAUUAAAAUUGUGAUUAGAGAAGACUGAAGAUAACAAUACGCCGCAAAUUUAAUUUAAAAACUUGGAAUAAUUAAUGCUCAAUUUCAUUUUGUUUAAUUUUACAAACAAAAAAAUAAAUCUGGUAACAACACAUAGUAUUAACUUAUAUUAAUAUAACAAAGGCAAGAUACAAAAUGUGAUAUAUUUUGUAAUAAGGAAAAAUGCAUUUAUUUGUUAGUAUUGACGCAGCUUAUUACUUAUUACAAAAUUGGCCACCAUUUUUAAUUUAUGUAAUGUGUAGUUUUUGUAACAUAACAUUCAAAGGAUGAAAAAAAAAGCUGCAUACUUUAUAUUCAAUAAUUUUAUAAAGUGCUAGUAAUGUGAAACUUCUUGUUGUUUAAUUAGUAAAUAAUCGGAUGACUUUAAAUAAAGCGUUAGAUCAAUCCAAUGAUGAGCUGUGGCAUUAAACACAGAUUUGAUGAUCGAACAAGUCUAAAUUCUGCUUAUAUAAUUGAGGACUUUUUAGUUGGAGUGCUCGUAAACUAGAGAAUAAAAUUGAUCAUUUUAACAUGCUAAAUCACAUUUUAAUAUAGUUAACUUAAAUCAUCAGACAAGUUUGAAGUCCUUACAUCUAUUUAAAUAUGACAAUUAUUGUAGUGAUAUCCUAUGUACUCAAUAUUGUGGAGAGUUCGGACCACGAGCGCCGGGCAGAUCUCUCAGCAGGGUUACCGGCCAUCUGGGGUUACCGGCCAUCUGACCAGGGUCGACUGAUCAAAGCACCGGGUGCGUCAGAUCUCGCAGCAGGGUACCGGCCAUCUGACCAGGGUGUUUCCCUGGGACGACUGGUUGGUAACCUGGUGGCGACAGGGGUUGGCGUAGGCUCCGACUGAUCAAAGGGGCGGGCACGUAAGAUUACAGACCUGAGGAAUGCAGCGGGCAGGGAUGAGGGGCAAAACCACGGCAGAGUUCAGUCCAGGUGUUUGGCGUGUAGCGGACAAAUCAAGACUUAAGAAGGUAGGGGGAGUAAUCUCUAGAGACGCCUCGGUUGGCUGGUGGACUUAUAAAUAGGGACCUCUGGACAGGACUAGGGGAGCGCGGCCGUAUGGUAGGAGAAGAGGGCAGUCAGAGUUGUGAGAUGAGAGAAGGUAUAAGCGAAGUGUCAGCCUAAUAAAGAGCAAGAUUUUAAUCAUCAAAUAUUAUCGCCUGAGUUGUUCUUUAGUAAAUGCCAGAUAUAGAUGGAAGGUUAGCAGAGAGUAAGCAAGGUUUCCUUACAAUAUCAUCCAACGACACACUCACACAAUUUAUAAUACAUACAUAUACAUACAUUUACAUACAUAUAUAUGAAUAUAUAACGAUGUAAUAUAUAAAUAUAUACAUAUAUAAAUAUUUCCAAUUUCAAAAUAUCCUUUAAUCAUUAACAAAUUACACUAUAUAUAAUAAAUUUCGCAUUGAUGAAUAUUAUAAUAAUGAUUGAUAAAAGUACAGUCAAAAUACAUCACACCAACUCCAAACAGAUUUGAAGUGCCUUUGAAUUUCGCGGACUAAUGGGGCAUGAAACCAAAUAAUACACUAUGACAAUCACAAGAAGAAAAAAAACAUCAACUCAUAUUUACUCACUAACUAACGCACAUAUUCUGGUGAAGGUCUGAGAUUACUCUCUUAUGACACCGGCUAGUAAAUUGGCUAUCAACUCCAUCUGUUCAGCUGAGCCAUACAACAUUUCCCUCACAAAGGAUCCUCCAACCGCCCUGGCUUCCCCCGGGAGAUCUAGUGCGGGACAUUCAGUCAACAGAUGUUCUAAGGUCUCUGGGGCCAGGCUGCAAUGCCGGCAGGUAGGAUCUCUGUUGUUAUCCAACCUCCAGAAAUAUGUGCGCAAGGGGCAGUGCUCGGUGCGCAUCUGCGUCACUAGACUCUGCGAUCUGCGACGUAACCCCCACCAUGGGUCUUGUUUGCUAUUUACUCACUAAACGAGACAAUCCUCCAACAUGUACACAAUAGUCCAUACCUUGGAAUUCUCUUCUCCAAUAACCUAAAAUGGUCACCUCAUAUAAACAACAUUUGAAAAAAGCCAACUACACCCUAGGUUUUAUCCGAAGAAAUCUGCGCCACUGCCCAACUUCCUGCAAACAGAAUGCCUAACUCGCACUCGUCCAUCCACUACUGGAAUACGGUGCGAUCAUCUGCGACCCACACCUUAAGCAAGAUGUGAAAACAAUUAAGCGAAUUCAACGAAACGCAGUGCGUUUAAUCGCUCGCGACUACUAAUCCACCACUCCUGGCUUCGUCACUGGCCUCUUAAAAAGAUUUGACCCCCCCCCCACCCUUAAAGACAGAUGAGAGGGACUCCGCCUGACAUUCUUAAAUAAAGUUUCCACACCUUAAGCAAGAUGUGAAAACCAUUAAGCGAAUUCAACGAAACGCAGUGCGUUUAAUCGCUCGCGACUACUAAUCCCCCACUCCUGGCUUCGUCACUGGCCUCUUAAAAAGAUUUGACCCCCCCCCCACCCUUAAAGACAGAUGAGAGGGACUCCGCCUGACAUUCUUAAAUAAAGUUAUCAUAGGACUGGUGCCGGCCAUCCUAGCAGGCACGUACCUCACCCCACAGAAGCCGGCUAGACUGAUCAGAGCAAAACGCUCACUGAACACGGACUUCACCACUGACAUUCCCAUUAACAAUUACACCAGAUCAAUAGCAAAUGCUUCAAAGUGCAUCAGUGCAACACAGUGCAGUAUCAACAAAAUCUUUCUUCCCACGCACAAUAAUAACAUGGAACAACCUGAACGAUGCCACUGUGAACUCGACAUCAGUCGAAAGCUGCAAAGCUGCCUUGGCAUCAGCUAGGAGCUGUUAGAAUAGCAACAUCAUACCCCAAACCGUUGCAAAAAUGGAUGCAGCAACGAAACAUUACCAGAACCAGAAUAUCCACUAACUUUAGAAUAAUAACAUCCGACCAGCUGCCACUUUGAAAUCUAUUACUACAAUAUAUCUUCCAUUUCAGGUCCGUCUUUUCUAUAUUUAGAUCCACGUAUUAAAGUUGUGAAAUAAAAAGCACUUUUUACUCAACUGUAAUCUAACAUUUCAUACCAUUAUUUUAAGAUUAUAUUUCUCAAUUUUAAUUCAAGAGAUCGGACACUUAUUUUGUGCUAUUAGAUAUUAAUAUAUUAAUGCAUUUUUAACUAUGCAAGUAAACUAGCUCAAUACAUUUAUAAACUUCUUAUUACAAUGUUUAUGCAAUAAUAAUAAUAUUACAGAACCGGCGUAUGGUGGCACAUGUUCAACAACCAUACCUUGUCUCAACAACAUGGAAUGUAUAAGUAAUCGGUGUGAAUGCACGGAAAAUCAAUUUUUAGACGUUGAUAAUUUUUGCAGAGCACGUAAGUACUGUGGCUAAUAUUUUUUGUUUUAAUUAGGUAUUUGACGAUCUCAUUAGGACUUGUGGCGAUGGGCAAGCUGCGAAGCGGAAGGUGUGAGUACAAGGAAGAUGUGGUUGCCUAUCAACUCUGUUCAAAAUGUCGCUCAUCACUUAAAGAUGUACCAGGGGUUUCCGAAAGCCCCAUGAGUGACUGAGCAGCCCCUUUAAGGAAGACAUUACUUACCAACUUUGCGCCAAUAACAGGAUGUGUAGAAAAUAUACUUCAGAACAAGAGAUGUUUGGUUUAGAAACGAACAUAAAUCUGUCCUGUCUUGUUUUUUCAAGACCAAAUAUAUCUUGUUCCAUUGAGUAUUUAAAUAUAUGGUGUAAGUUUUAAAUUAGUAACCAGCUUCUCCUGGUUUGGCAUUACUCAGUGCCAUAGUGCAACAAUCGAUAACGUGAUUAUUCUUCUAGUUGCAAGAGCAAGUGCAACCACUAACAAAAUGUCUAGAAAGAAUAGACCACGAGAGUAAUCAACACUCAAAAGAAAUAAAAUUAUUCAAAGCGGUUGUGUUUCUUGACAUUCUUUAUUUUAAAGCUAUUUGAGUCUCGUAUGGUGGGACGUAUUUUCAGAGUGUCAGGCAACCUUGUGCAAAAAUAAUGUUUGAUGGCCAUCUCCAUCUUAAAACCUAUGAAAAACUACUAUUAAAAGCACAAUCACGGAAAUCUUGAAGAUGUCCCACCAAUUCUUUGAACACGUAAAUUUCGUGUCAAAAUCAGUGUAACGAGACAUCUUGUCAAAAAGGAGACACAAUCCUAACCAACAGGAAACGGAUGAUUAAAAUAGACUUAAUAGCUUUUGAAAGAAUAUCUAACAUCAAAUUGGUAAUCCUAAUGUUUUAAACGACCAAAAAUUGGUAUUUUAAUAGGUAAAAACUAAUUCUUAAUCAUUAAUAUAUGACUUAAUUUAUGAAAUAUAAAAAAAAAAACAAUGAAUAUAGUGCAUUGUAGCCUCUAAGCAAAAUGAAUUCUCUUUUUAUCAAUAAAUUUAUGUUUUUCAUAUUUCAUUUUGGUAUUAGCAACAACAAUAGCAAUAGCUAACAGUUUUACAAUGAUCUUUAUUUCUCUGUAUUUCUAUUUAAUGUUACAUUGCGCGUCCCACAUUCAUCAUCGUCUACUAGUAAAGUGUAGAGGUAUAUUAUUCAUCUGUUUGAGAAUACGUGCUAUAGCUAGUACUUAGGUAUUUAAUCAUAGACAUUGUCAUAUUUUUUUAAUAUUGCAUCUCAUACCUUGCGUUGUUGAAAUUUAAUUAUUUUUGCAUUGAGAAAUAUUUUCCCCAAUAUCCAGGGAUAGACUAUAACAGUGGUUCAUGUGCAUCUAGUUCUCAAUGUAAACCGAGCCUUAUCUGCAUCAAUCUCUUAUGUGUGUGUAAUUCUACACAAUACUACGAUGCCAAUGAACUUGUCUGUAAAACAAGUAAGUAGAUAAUAAUUCAAACAUAAGUGUAUUUUAGAUUUAUUUUCUACAUUUAAAUUACGUCAAAGUUAUUCGAGUUUUAACAAUUACAUUGGAUCCAUGUUUAAAUAGAGAUUAAAAAUAUUGUAUCUGUAUGUUCAAUUAAAAGAAAUAAAAAAUGUUUUAAACAAUACUUUUUUUAAUGGUAUUUAUAUAUUUCUAAAACAUUUGUUAAUAGAAACAAAACAUAUUAUGAAAGAAACAUUUUUUACAUUUUUUUUUUCAAAGAAGAAUAGUUUUAUUAUGUUUUCAUUUUUGUAUGAGUUCCAUGUGUUGAUUUCAUAAGUCAUAAUAUGAUAUAAUCUGAAUUAAAUUGUCGGCUUAACUGUCUAUUUCAAACAGACAAACCUUACGGAAUGGCAUGCACGACAACUGGAGAAUGUCAGAACAGUUUAACAUGUGAUGGCAACUGCAAGUGCUUAGCCACUGAGUAUUUUGACGCCACGUGUAAGAACAGUAAGUAUCAAAUCAAUUUGUAGGACGUAUGUGUUUUCUCCUACGUACAGUACAAAAACAAGAAAAUGAUAUAAGCAAAGUAUCUUAAGUCGAAGAGCACUUAAAGCAAACGGCUAAAAUGCGUAUUUUUAUCACAAGUAAAUUCUGUUAUUUAAAAGCUAAUAAAUAUUUGAGUUUAUAAUACUUAUUUGAAAAGCAAGUAUCAGUCUUCAUUUAAAAAUGUAUUUAUUGAAGAAGACAAAAUUUCUUGCCACAUCAUCCUUUGAUGCCUUAAAGAAUUUAUGCUUAAUAUCCGCCGACAUAUUUUUAGCUUUUCUAACAAAACCUUUAAUACGAUAAGAAAACACAUAAUAUAAUGUUAUAAUAUUAUAACGAAUAAUGUAUAUUGAAAUAUUUUUAUCAAGUGGUAGUUUAUGUUUGUUACUAAACUAUUUAUGUAUCGGAUGUCUUUAGAUGAAGUGGUAACAAUGACUUAGUUGAUGAUAAGUACAAACAAUGUACAUGUGCAUUAUAGCCUCCUCGCCAAAAAAAAUAUUUUAUUUAUAAAUUUAACGUUUUCUGGUAUUCGUGUUUGAUAUUAGAUACUAAAAUGGCAAUAGAACACAUUGUAACAAUAUUUAUUCCAUUCUUUGUAUUUUUGUAUCACAUUUCCGCUGACCACAUUGAGCACCGUAUAAUACUACUAGAGGUUUAUGCAGCUUAUUACGAACAUAUUAUGUCCUAGCUAUUAAUUAGCAAUUGAAAAGUAUAGUUCCCGGAUUAUUGCCACAAGUGUUGAGUGUUGCAUCUCAAGCUUUCUAAUGUGGACAUUUAAUUACUUUUUAAAUCGUAAUUCUUUUCUCCGCCAUCCAGGGAUAGAAUAUAACAGUGGUCCAUGUGCAUCCAAUUCUCAAUGUAAACAGAGCCUGGCCUGCAU